AUGCGGGAGAGCACGUGGGUGUCGCUGCUGCUGCUGCUGCUGCUGCUGCCCGCGCCGCAGUGGGGCGGCCCCCAGGACGGCCGCCCGGAGCCGGAGCCGGAGCCCGAGCGCGGUCCUCUGCAACCCUUCGAUCUGCUCUACGCUAGCGGCGUGGGUGCCUACUACAGCGGAGACUACGAGCGUGCGGUGCGUGACCUGGAAGCCGCGCUGCGCAGCCACCGGCGCCUGAGAGACAUCCGCACGCGCUGUGCCCGCCACUGCGCGGCUCGCCGCCCGCUCGCACCCCUGGGCGCCGGCCCGGGAGCCGAGCUGCCCUUCUUCCGAGCGCUGCUCGAGCGGGCGCGCUGCUCCCGCAGCUGCCAGAGACAGCGCCUGGGCGGCCCCGUAUCCCGGCACCGCGUCAGCGAGGACGUGCGCAGCGACUUCCAGCGCAGAGUGCCCUACAACUACCUGCAGCGGGCCUACAUCAAGCUUAACCAGCUGGAAAAGGCCAUGGAGGCAGCGCAUACCUUCUUCAUGGCCAACCCUGAGCACAUGGAAAUGCAGCAGAACAUAGAGGACUACAGAGCGACAGCGGGGGUGGACACCUUCCAGCUGGUAGACAGAGAAGCCAGGCGACAUCUGGAGAGCUAUAAUGCAGGAGUUAAACACUAUGAGGCCGAUGACUUUGAAGCUGCCAUCAAGUACUUUGAACAAGCUUUAAGAGAAUAUUACAAUGAAGAUAUGGAGUGCCGAGCUCUAUGUGAGGGGCCUCAGAGAUUUGAGGAGUAUGAGUAUUUAGGGUAUAAAGGCGGUCUUUAUGAGGCAAUUGCAGAUCACUACGUGCAGGUGCUGGUCUGUCAGCAUGAGUGUGUAAGGGAACUCGCCACCCGCCCAGGCCGCCUCUCACCAAUCGAGAACUUUCUUCCCUUGCAUUAUGACUACCUACAGUUUGCCUACUACAGAGUGGGUGAAUAUGUGAAAGCCUUGGAGUGUUCCAAAGCCUACCUGAUGUUCCAUCCAGACGACGAGGAUGUCCUGGACAAUGUAGACUACUAUGAGAGCCUGCUAGACCACAGCAUUGACCCAGCAUCCAUUGAGGCCCGAGAGGAUUUGGCAGCAUUUGUCAAACGUCACAAUCUUGAAUCUGAACUGAUAAAGUCGGCUGCUGAGGGUCUGGGAUUUUUAUAUUCUGAACCGAAUUACUGGAUCAGUUACGGAGGACGGCAGGAUGAGAAUCGGGUCCCUUCAGGAGUGAACGUGGAGGGAGCAGAAGUUCAUGGAUUGUCAAUGGGGAAAAAGUCACCACCCAAGAUAGAUCGAGACCUAAGAGAAGGUGGCCCUCUGCUCUAUGAGAACAUCACCUUCGUGUACAACUCAGAACAGCUCAACGGGACUCAGCGGGUUCUCCUAGAUAACGUCCUGUCAGAAGAGCAGUGUCGGGAGCUGCACAGCGUGGCCAGUGGAAUCAUGUUGGUUGGUGAUGGAUACCGAGGAAAAACGUCACCCCACACACCCAAUGAAAAGUUCGAAGGGGCGACUGUCUUGAAAGCGCUCAAAUUUGGUUAUGAAGGCCGGGUGCCCCUGAAGAGUGCUCGCCUCUUCUAUGACAUCAGUGAGAAGGCCAGGAAGAUUGUGGAAUCCUAUUUCAUGCUGAACUCAACCCUGUAUUUUUCCUAUACACACAUGGUCUGCAGAACAGCCCUGUCUGGGCAGCAGGAUAGACGAAAUGACCUCAGUCACCCUAUUCACGCGGACAACUGCCUGUUGGAUCCAGAAGCUAAUGAAUGCUGGAAGGAGCCUCCUGCUUACACUUUCCGGGAUUAUAGUGCCCUCCUGUAUAUGAACGACGACUUUGAAGGCGGAGAGUUCAUCUUCACUGAAAUGGACGCCAAAACUGUGACUGCCUCUAUUAAACCAAAGUGUGGGCGAAUGAUCAGCUUCUCAUCUGGCGGAGAGAACCCUCAUGGGGUGAAGGCAGUCACCAAAGGCCAGCGCUGUGCUGUGGCACUGUGGUUCACCCUAGACCCUCUUUACAGAGAAUUGGAGCGGAUACAGGCCGAUGAAGUGAUUGCCAUCUUGGAUCAAGAACAGCGCGGGAAGCAUGGACUGAAUAUUAACCCCAGAGAUGAGCUAUAGAAAAGAGAGUGUUCUAUCGAAUAUUUAUUUAAAUUGUUAAUCUUAUAAGAACCUUUUUAUUUUUGUACAGAGCCAUGGUAUAAAUUAACAGGAUACUAGGAGUCGCUAGAUUCCCCUUUCUGUCCCUGUCUCUGCUCGCUUUGCCCUCCUCGUGCCCUUGGUUUUAUUCAGUUCAUGAUUCAGAGCCCAGGCACAUCCCCAAACACACAUCUCACACACACUCUGCAUGCCACACAGUCACACGGGUAAACAUGCAUCCCAGAGAUACUGCAGAAGCACAAUAUGCCACUCACAUACCACACA